AUAUAAAUAACAAUCAACUAGAGUUUUAAUGAUCAUAAACCAACCAAAAUUCAUCAAAACAACAACAAUCAAUUGAUUUAAUUUCAGUUAAAUACUCAACAACUAAUAAUCAUGAACAAAUUUUCGCCUUUGGUACUAAUUGUUUUACUCUCAACUGCAUGCUUCAUUGAAAAUGGAUCAGCUUUAGAUUCAUCGCUCGAAUGUGAAGUUUGUAGACAAGUUUUCACUUACGUUUACGGAACCAUUGAGAAACCAGCGACCCAACAAUCAAUUGAAAACGUACUUGACACCGUUUGUGACAAAAUCCUGUCCGGUGAAAAGGCCGCUACCUGUGAGAAAUAUGUCAAUGAAUAUACACCUGAGAUCUUGAAUACCCUCGCUAAGACCACUGAUCCCGACGAGAUGUGUAUCUUACUCACUAUGUGUUAAUCAAUUGAUUUCGGACCAAUUGAAAGUUGAAUAAUUUAAACUUAUCACAAGCGAUCAAAUGUAAUUUCUCAUUAAUUAUCAUUGCAAUUAAAAAAUUUUCUUCAUGAA